UGUAAAUUUAGUUGAUUUAUUUAGGAAAAGAAUUUUCGUUAUAUUCUUUUUAGGUAUCAGUGAGUCCUGUUCCUCAACAAAUAGUAAUGUUCAUUUCAUGUCAGGGACCCUACUACUGUGCUGCCGGGGAAGACAAAAGCUUUUGGCCGAGACAUGGUUGAUGAUCAUGACAAGGCUCGUCUUUUUGCUGGUAUCAACAUCGGUGGCAUUAUUGGGGAAGUCAGUGGGAGUUCCAAGUUGGCCCCUGCCGUUGUUAUCUCUGCUGGUGAUGAACUGUGGGUUGCUCGUUACAUUCUUGAGGAUCACCGAAAUUGCAGGUGUAGUUCUUUCUUUUGAUCCGAAGCCAAUCCAGGGAGAUUGGAAUGGUGCUGGUGCUCACACGAACUACUGCACCAAGUCCAUGAGAUGCGAUGGAGGAUACGAAGUCAUCAAGGAGGCCGACAAGAAGCUCUUGGCAAGAGGCACAAGGAGCACAUCGCUGCAUACGGAGAAGGCAACGAGCGUCGUCUCACCGGGCGACACGAGACUGCUGAUAUCAAUACCUUCUUAUGGGUUAUUUCGAAGACCGGAGGCCAACAUCAAACAAGGAUCCCUAUGUCGUCACUUCCAUGAUUGCUGAGACGACCAUCCUCUGGAAUCCAUGAGCAAAUCGUGGGAUGGUGCGCCUGCUGCUUCAUGGGAUUCCCAUGCUGCAGAGGGAACAGCUCUCAUUUCUUCUCCUGUCAUCAGCCAGUGUUUGCCCCGCAUUGUCUCAUUGUAUUUCCAGUAAUGACAGUAAUAGAACAGACUAGGAUUAUGAUGGUGUCUUGUGCUGUGAGGG